CUGAGCAGUGGUUCGUUAGUGUUGCGCCAGCUGGCGAGCGGUUGGUACCUGCACUCACUCUUAACAUUCUCCAUACAUGAUCCUGGAGACGAGAGAUUUACUUCUUUAGAUCGUGAUUGAGAGGAAAGUGAACCUAACUGAUAGCAACCUCAUAGGUGCUUAACUCUGGAACAUUUCUCAUUCACGUGUUAGCAUUCCGUCAGGGAUCGUUCUCUCUCAUUAUCUUGCCAGUGAUUUGGGUACAAAAUGUACUUAAUUAUUAAGGCUUGGAGAUAUUAAUCACAAGUCCUGACCGUGACGUGAGGAGCAGCACCGUGGACCGUGGCUAGGACCUGCCUGGUCAUGGAAACACCUGCAGAGGUCGACAACAAAGAUUGGUGCGCCAUCUGGAGUACGAUUGUAGUGUCUGGAACCAUUGCCUUCAUCGGCUUGUCCUUUGUCUUGAAGGACAUUAUUACCCUGGGUCUGGUGCUGCUGUUUAUUGGAGGAGGUAUCACCAUAGUUGCUGUGUGUGCAGCAGUGGGCAAGUGUUCACAGAACCAACAGAAGGACCAAGACUCAUCACAGGAGAACAUGGACCGCCCUCCCUCAUACAGGAUUUCUUGGAGAAGAUCUUUCUUACGUCGCUACCGACGCCACACCUCACUAGAAAAUGAAGUAACAGAGGUAUCACACUUGGAGGAUGGAUUACCUUCCAUGGGGUCCACCUCCUUCCAUAACCCCAGCACACAGCCCAGUGUCAUCCUCAUGGCUUUUCAGCCAGCCACAGCCACCACCUCCCACACUUCUCUACAUACUGACAACUAUGUCCCACACAGCCAAGGCAAUGUGUUUCCUCCCAGGAGUAUCGCCAGCACAAGACACUCUGUAUCUCUCUCAAAUAUCAUGGAUCCACCCAGCUAUGAGGCUGCUGUGGCCAUCAUGGAUGAAACUUCACUCAGGAAGCUCAGAUCGGAAAUAUCACUGCCCUCAGCACCACUCACCUGACUUAUUUUAUUCAUGGAAAGAUUUUCACACAGUUGAGUUACUUAGCUGUUUUAACGUUUAAGGUUUUAAUAAUAAGAUAUUACAAGGACUACAAUGGAAAUAAAUCACUCUUGACUUUUUUGGGGGGUUAUCCUAGGUAACUUAAACUAUGUAUGAUAAUUGUACCUGGGUGUACCUGUGUCUAAGUAAGCUUACUUAGCCAAACAGCAUGCAAGUACUUUGAAGAGGCUUUAUCACUGAAUUAGGUAUUCCCCCGAACAGGUGCCGUAUAGUGUUUGCUUGAACUUUUUUUUUCUCCAAGGUUUUCAUUUAUAAUUUGGAAAUGCUUCAUCCACUUGGAUUCAAUGCAUUCAGGGAAAGGUUCAUGCAAGGACCCCAA